GGUGACUGUCCUACCGGUGUCAAUAAUAGGAACGGAAGAAAUGAGUGACUGUAUUUCUCAAAGUAUUUACCUUUCUUUCCGGAUUCUGCAACAAUGCGAGCAACACUUGGAGUGAUCUUGAUUGUUGCUUCUUUGACAGCUUACUAUGUCUACAUUCCAAUUCCGAAGACGCUGUCCGAACCCUGGAAAUUGAUGCUGCUGGAUGCAACGUUCAGAGGAGUGCAGGAUAUGUGUCAUUUAGUGCAGCAGCUGGGACUUGGCCAUCACCUGAGAGCACUGAAUUUUGUCAUUAAUGCAUUUGAGAUGCUUGCCCCACAAUCAAAUGAACUGGUUGAAGUGACAGACACAAUAUUUGAUGGAGUACAAGUCAGAGUAUUUGAACCCAAGGCAAAGCCGAAUGGUGAACUAAGACGAAGCAUUAUUUACAUACAUGGUGGAGGCUGGGCUUUGGGAAGUGCAAGAAUGCGAUCAUAUGACCACCUUUGUCAGAAGAUGGCCAAUGUCAUGAACGCUGUUCUCGUCUCUAUUGAAUACCGUCUUGUUCCAGAGGCUCAUUUUCCUGAGCAGAUAAAUGAUGUUUACAAUGCUACCAGAUAUUUUCUACGGCCUGAGGUCUUGUCACAGUAUUCAGUGGAUCCAAAUCGAAUUGCACUUUCUGGAGACAGUGCUGGAGGAAACUUGGCUGCUGCUGUGAGCCAGCAGCUUGUUCUGGACAGAACCAUCACCAUCCAACUCAAGCUUCAAGCUCUUAUUUAUCCAGUGCUUCAGGCUUUUGACUUCAAUACUCCUUCUUAUCAACAAAAUAUGGCUGCACCCAUCUUGAACAAGCAUGUCAUGGCCCGUUUUUGGUUGGAGUAUCUAGAUGGUGAUCCAAGAUUUGUCCAGGCAAUGUUGGUCAACAAUCAUACAGCUUCAGACCAAAGUCAGCUGACUUCGAUUCGAGCUCGCUUAAAUUGGACAACACUAUUACCACAGUCGUUUAAAAAGAACUUCAAACCUGUUGUCCAGGUAAUGGGAAAUCCACAGGUUAUCAAGGAGUUGCCAACACUGAUAGACCCAAGAGCGGUUCCACUAAUUGCAGAUAAAGAAAUUCUGCAGUUGUUACCAAAAGCUUACAUUCUGACAUGUGAGCAUGAUAUUCUGAGAGAUGAUGGAAUAAUGUAUGCAAAGCGAUUAGAAGAUGCUGGAAUAGAAGUGACUUUAGAUCACUAUGACGAUGGAUUUCAUGGUGCAAUGAUAUUUGCACUGCCCCCUACCAGCUUUGACGUGGGAAACAAGAUUAUGAACAACUAUAUAAACUGGCUCGAUAAAAAUUUGUGAACAUUUAAUCAGAGUAGGAAGUUACAAUAGAUAAUAUCACAGCAGGUUCUUUAGAAAAAGACCUUCAAGUUUGUGCAAUGCAACAAUCCAAUGCAAAGUUUUGUUAGCGAGAAUUGAAUUUGCCUUGUUAGGCUUGAUCUGGUUGUAAUGUGUAUUUUUUUUAUACUGCAGCAAAUCUGUAUCAGAACAAAGCAUAAUAUGGAAAGAAAUAGCUGUGAUAACCUUUCGCAAUGUAAUGAUUAGGGCUGGAAAAAGUGAUCAUUUUUGGCAUCUCCGUAAUUAUAAACAUAUUUGUGAAGCAAUUAUUAUUAGUUCAAAAAAGGUGUGUGAUGACUAUGUCACUGGUAAACUUAAUUACGGUAAUUUUAAAUGCAUAAUUGUCAGUGAUAUUGUGCUAUUUUACCUUUGUGUUGAUUGAACAUAAAACAAAACUACAUGUAGUUAUGCACAGUGCCUGAGACAGCAGUACAACUCCACAGGAACAGUUUUGAUGGAAUCUUAAGUACUAAGUUUGAAAUUGAUUCCAUUGACUAGAUACCUAAAGGAAUAACAUUUUCUCCUUAAGUGCACUGGCAAUAGGUACGAAAGUUGUCAAUUGAAUAGUAUCGCAAUGAUUUUCUGCCUAUUAUUCCAUUUCCUUUAUUUUUUUCACAUUCCUAAACCCAUCCCGGCCUGGAAUAUUUACAUAAUUUUUUAAAUCAUCAUCCUAAAUGGCCAGACUGACUUGUAGCAAAGGCAAAUAUCUUUUAGUCCCGUGCAGAAAUCUGAAUAUUUAAGUGACAUUACACUCAUUCCUUUGCACAUAGGGAACAUAGGCCUAGUUCCCUCAACCGAGAAAUCAAACUGGAGAAUCUCAAGUGCAUAUCCGCUAGGACACUGUAUCUUCCUCAGAAACUAAAAUAACAUUCUAUACUUGUUCUUCACCCAAAUCUGACAGUAUUGCAUCAAAUACCAGAGGCACUCAGCUGGUCAACAGCACCUGUGGAAAGAUAAACAUUAUGUAACUGCACGAUCUGACAAUCUCCAUUUUGUUGGGAAGUCUGAAGUUGUAAUGGAGUUCAGUCUGAUCAGAGUAUUAUUCAGAACUAUAUCACUAUUCAAAUCGAUUUCACAUUGUAGAUAACAUACUUAAGAAACUUAACUUUGUAUUUCUUCUGUUGUUUUUAGUUUCAAUUGAUUUGGAUUUUCUGAAAUGCUGGACUAUAUAAUUAAAUCAACUAAUUUGCUGCUUUGGAACAUUAAUCUGUGUUUGACUACUUGCUCUACAUAAUUAACCUUUGUUAUGAUGCAUGCCAAUAUUACAUUGAUGUAAAAUGUAAAAUCAAGCUUUAGGCAAAACAGAUAUUCCUCGAGAAAUGUACAAACUGGACUGUAGGGCAUACUACAUAGGUAUGUCUUCGUAUGUCUUCAGUUUCUCAAGUUCAUAGGGAGUGCACAUGAUCAUAAUGAAGAGGAGUAGAAGAAUGCAAAGAGAUACAACCUAUUUUUAAAAACUUCCAAGACUAAUCUCACAAUUCAAAAAAUUAAAUGGGUGAACAAAGGCACCCAUUUGAUUAUGAAAAAAAUAUACAUAGAAACAGAAAUUCAGUUUUAAUGGAGAUUCAUUUGUUAUUUUGUAAAUUUAAAGGACAAAUCAGCAAUUGAAUUUUUAAGUUAAGUGUAGUUACGCAAACAGUAACAUGGAUCAUAUAUAAUUUAACUAGAAAGCUAAUUGAUGAUUCCUUCACAUCAUACAGCAGCCUGCAAUUCACAUCUUACAGCUAAUUUUAGGCAAUUGAUUUGCAAAUGAGACAAUAGAAUAAUCAGUAUCAAUGUUGCAAUUAUUUUUAGUAAAGAGACUUGAUGAAAAAUUGUCACUUUAAUAUAACAAAAAAAUGCCCAUGAUUAACUUGUUUUAACAUUGGGCGUGAUAUAUUUUCGAACAAUACCAAACCAAUUCCUUCUCAUCUCCCGGAGUGGUGACUAAUUAUAUAGGGUGUGGUUUCAAAAGCUACCUGGUUAACUUAAAAGUUGUUUUACCACAUGAACUCAGAUUCUAACUAUUCUGGUGUUGUCAAUCUUGAUUUCUUCUCAGCAGUAGCUUGUUUGUAUUUAGGAAUUACUUGACUUGAUUAAGAGUUUUUUGAUAGAGGCUGUGAUAUACCUUUCUCAAACAAAAUUGUAAAUACAAAUCCAUAUAUGGAAACAAAUUGAUGUUAUUUCCUUAGUAUUUAGGAUUCUACUAAAAUAGUUAUACUGCACUGAAAUCAGCUGCCAUUUUGUUCAG